UGAGCCUCAAGCUAUAGACAUUACUGUUUGGGCCUAGUCUUCUUCUAGUCAGUAAAUUAAACCGGUGGUCAAAGAACUCAACUCCGCCGUGCCGUCAGAACCUCCGACCACCGUGAGAUGGCGGCACCGGCGAAACUGAUUGCAAUCAUAGCAUCUCUCUCCCUAUCCCUAUACUCUCUAUACCUGUUAACCAACAGACGCCGAGCUAUAUCUCACUCGAAACACAAAACCCUAAUAACAACUCACAACAACAACAAACCGAAGAGAAAUGGAAUUGUUGGCGCCAUUGGCAACACUCCUCUUAUUCGAAUCAAUAGCCUCUCAGAUGCCACUGGCUGUGAAAUUCUUGCGAAAGCGGAGUUUUUGAAUCCUGGAGGAAGUGUUAAAGAUAGAGUUGCUGUUAAAAUCAUUGAAGAGGCCUUGGAAUCCGGACAACUGUUAAAAGGCGGUGUAGUUACAGAGGGUAGCGCUGGGAGCACAGCAAUAAGUCUUGCAACAGUUGCUCCUGCGUAUGGAUGCAAGUGUCACGUGGUUAUCCCAGAUGAUGCUGCAAUUGAAAAGUCUGAAAUAUUAGAGGCCCUUGGAGCAACAGUUGAAAGGGUUAGGCCGGUUUCAAUAACUCACAAAGAUCAUUUUGUCAAUAUUGCAAGACGAAGGGCGUUAGAAGCAAAUAAACUAGCACUGCAGGACAUAAAUCAAACAGACACAAAAAAUGUUACGAAUACAAAUGGAUAUUCGUCAGAUAAAGGACAACAAGGUGCGAUAGUCUCUAGUGAGCAUAAAGGUGGAUUUUUUGCGGAUCAAUUUGAGAAUUUGGCAAACUACAGAGCUCAUUAUGAAGGGACUGGACCUGAGAUAUGGGAGCAGACAGGUGGCAAAUUGCAUGCGUUUAUUGCCGCUGCAGGUACAGGUGGCACUGUCGCAGGUGUUUCUCGUUUUCUAAAGGAAAAAGACCCGGGGAUAAAGUGUUUUCUUGUGGACCCGCCUGGUUCCGGUUUGUUUAACAAGGUUACAAGGGGAGUGAUGUACACAAAAGAAGAGGCUGAAGGAAAGAGAUUAAAGAAUCCAUUUGAUACUAUAACCGAAGGAAUUGGGAUUAAUAGAUUAACGGAAAAUUUUAAAAUGGCUCAACUUGAUGGAGCUUUUAAAGGCACUGAUAUUGAAGCUGUCGAAAUGUCUCGAUUCCUGUUGAAGAAUGAUGGGCUUUUUAUUGGAAGUUCUUCUGCAAUGAACUGUGUUGGAGCAGUGAGACUAGCGAGAUUAUUGGGCCCGGGUCAUACUGUUGUAACAAUUUUGUGUGAUAGUGGGAUGAGGCAUUUAAGCAAGUUCUGUAAUCCCGAGUACCUUUCUCAACAUGGUUUAACACCUUCGGCUAAAGCGUUAGAAUUCCUUGAUUGUAGAUGAUAUCAUUUUUCAUAUGCGUGACGUUUUGUAUCGUGCACGGGGCAGUAUUGAGUUUCAAACAUUUGUCCGCGAUGAUUGGAUCGACAGUUUUUUUACAAGGGAAUGCACUCCUACUUAGAUGGUUACAUAUAUUGUUUGUUAUUUAUGAGGUUUCUUUAAGUAUUCUAUUUUUGACAUUAAGGUCACUUGUGGGCAUGUAUAUUGAAACGGUUUUAUAGGUCAUUUAAGUAUGUGCUAGGUUCUCAAAUGUGAUCAAAAACAUGUAAGAUUCUUAGAUGCUGCUUUUUGGUAGAUACAUAAAUUGCUUUUUUUUUUA